CGCCUCCGGCCGCUGACGUCACUUCCGGCGCGUGCCCAAGAUGGCGGCGCCCUUGCGGCGGGCGCUGCUGGCGCUGGGCCCGGCCCGUUCCCGGUUCCCGGUGCCGGUUCCGGUCCCCGCGCGGCCCUACCGGGCGGAUCCGCUGCGCCGCCGCCCGGGCCCGGCCCCUGCUGACCCCGGGGACCUGCGGGCGGCCGCGCGGCGGUUCGGGCGGCUCGGGGAGGCGUCGGGGGUGGCGGUGGAGCGGCUCUGGCCGAGCCCGGAGCAGCUGCGGGAGUUGGAGGCGGAGGAGCGCGAGUGGGACCCGCCGCUCCGGGAUGUGGAGGCCCGGCUGGAGCAGCGGGAGCGGGAGGAGGAGCGGCGGAGAACGGAGAGGCAGGAGCUGGUGGCACGCAGCCUGGCGGCGAUGCCGGCCCGCGUUACCGCCUGGCGCCGGGAGCGCGAGGCCGCCCGGGAACGGGCGCGGUCGGACGCGGCGCGGCGGCAGCGGCUGCUGGCCGAGGCGGGGCUGGGGGGGCUCCCGCGGCCCGGGACCCCCGCCCGCGCCUCGCAACGGGCCCAGGAGGCGCUGGACGAGCUGGAGCGGCGGCGGCGGCGCGAGGAGAAGCGGCGGCGGCGGCAGGAGCGGGAGGAGGCGGCCCGCAGCGCUCUGGCCGCGGCGGAGGCGGCGGCGGCGGCGCGGCCGCUCCCCGGGACCCCCCCCGAGAGCGACGAGACCCCCCCCAAAACCCACCGGGGCGACCUCCUGACCCCCCCGCCCCGGUAACGCCGGUGAUGUCCCGUGAGCAGCCCGGAAUGGGUUUAAAACUCUGCAUUUAA